UUUCGCUGCAUGCAAGCGGCAUAAACAAAAACAGUGGACGAACCGGAGCAGUUGCUGAUUUUCGCUAAUACAGAAUCAUGGCAUUGUUACAUAAAAAUCAGAGUGAAAUACCGCAGGAUGCCGUGAGAUUGGACGAGAAGCAAGCUGUGAUAUACUUUAUGAAACUGGUAGACGGAUGGCCGGACAAAUGGGAUAUUUGGCCUCUAGCGUACACACCGGGAAUAUUGGGUGCAACGACGGUCAUGUCCAGCAUCUACAUCAACAGUCACUACCGAGGGAAGCUCAGACUAGGCACCUUUGGGCGUCUGUCUAGCUACAUACCUACCGUGGUCCUACCGGCACUUAUGACCACCUUUUUCCACAGAGCCUUCAUAGUGCCGGAUGUGGUUCUCGCUAGACAGCAGUGUCCAGUUUGUGUUCAAACCAGGGCUGGACUGCUACAGGCAGCGUUCAGCACAGUCUACCCGAUGCUGCUGGCACCGAUGUCUGCGUUUAUGUUUGCAACGCGACAUUUCACCUACCGUUUGCCAUCGAUCACCGAGCAGCCGCGGGAAGUGCUCAAGUUGUACAAGAAACUGUCCAAUCCAAUCAUGCUAACGGUGACCGGUUUACUGGCGUUCAAUAUGAUGGUAUCGAUGUUCCUCACCGGGAAGGAGUUCGAGACAGUGUACAAAGUCAAUCUGAAAUUGCAGGAGCAAGAACAGGAAGAGGUAGUAGACUUGUAGGUGAAGUUGGUUUGUUUGUAGAUAAAAUUGAAGU